AUGGCCUACCAUCAACAACCCCAACCCCGAUACGGACACUGCGACUCAUACUGGGUCGAAUCGCAUGAUGAUGGUGUCUACGCUAUGCGAGCAGAAGCUCGCGAGCGCCAGAGAGCAAUCGCAAGGAUGCAACAGCGAGCACUUGCUGAGGAACUGUCAAGACUCACCGCUGAUGAGUACCAAGAGGACAUCAUGCAACACAUGAUCCACAUGGAGACAGAGAUCCAAUGGUUCAUGAGGCCCUACCUGCUCGACUUCUUGGUAGAAGCACACGCCGCUUUCCAGCUACUACCCGAGACUCUUUUCCUCGCUGUCAACCUCCUUGACCGUUACUGCUCCCGCCGUGUCGUCUACAAACGCCAUUACCAACUCGUUGGCUGUGCUGCUCUGCUCAUCGCCGCGAAGUAUGGCGACAAGAAGGACAGAGUGCCAACUGUACGAGAACUGAAGUCUAUGUGCUGCUCCCUUUACGAUGACGAGAUGUUCACUCAGAUGGAGUGGCACGUUCUGCAAACCCUCAACUGGGUCAUUGGACAUACCACUGUCGACGCUUUCCUCCAGAUCGCUCUCUCUGAGGCGCCUUACGAUGCCGAAGUUGAGCACAUGACCUUGUACAUCGCCGAGAUUGCUCUUUUCCAUAAGGAGUUCGUAUCUACCCGACCAUCUGUAUUGGCUCGGUCCGCUCUUGCCCUUGCUCGAUGUGUGCUUUCGCGCCCUCAAGCUAGGACUACUGACUGGGCUGGAGCUUACGAUGCGCAAACAGUCAUUGGUCUGUCGAACCACCUCUACCAGCCUUCCCUCGUACUCUCCCGCAAGUAUGCUUCCAUGCAUCUCUCCAACGUUUCUGGCACUGUCGAUGAGUUCCUUGCACGACAAGCUCAAAUGGCUCGCCGGGCUGCGGCACCGCCAACACCACCGCCGACUGUCACUGUUGAUGAGGCCAAGCCUGCGUCAGAUGCGUAUGGACCCCAGACACCUCAGAAGAACCCUUACGGUGCUGCAAUGGUCCAGCAUGGAUGCAUGACUCCUCCCAUUACUCCCGAAGGCGACCAUUUCGGACAGGGCUAUGUUGUCAAGUCACAGCCCAUGCCAGCAUACCCAACAACACCAACACCAGACCAUCCGGCAAACAUGCAACAACAGGCCCAGUACUACCAUAACUCCUACCUUCACCCUCAGCACAUGUAA